UUCACUUCGCGCUAUCAGUCGAGGGCCAUCCGCGUCCGCGAGCGCCGGUUUUGUACUUUUAGUGGGUAAUCCCAAGGUCCUACGUCGCAUCAAUUUCGUUUUUUUUUCGGUGAUAAACUGUUUUGGCGCUUCAACUUAACUCCUACGCGCGGUUGGUGUGUAAUUACGAUAUUGUACUUCAAUGUGUUUAAUACUGUCGGAUUUCGGCACCGCUGAAUUAAGGUCGUCGACAGUGGACUACUGAACCGGAAGGACAACGGGUUGACCACUGCAACUAUGGUUCUGAGCUGUAACCGUAAAGUGUCUCUCUGGAUGUGGCCUUGGUGGUGGAUCGGUUUAACGUUAUACUGUCACAUGCUGGUGGCCGAGCUUCCGUUGAGUCUGAAGAACCUGGCGAUCGAGAAUAUUGCCGUCAACGAGUGUUCUGACCCGGAAAGACUGUUCGAAGCACGUCCUCAAUGCUAUUUCGAUCAACCGAACAAAACGGUCUGUUUCCGGGGCAUAGAGAACCGUCGAAUGCGACACAGUCGGGCUCGGUUCAAUCGCACCACGGAGCUGAUCCUGUGCCAUUGGCCAUGGAGAAGUUUCAAUCCCAACGAGCUUGUGGACUUGACACCCAACAUUGAAAAGCUGUCCAUCACGGGUGAAAGUUUGUGGACGCUGAAGGGGGAUUUCCCGAUGCUUCCUAAUCUGAGGGCUAUCAAUAUCACAGGCACGAAGCUAAAUUUUACUAGCAAUACGACGUUCAGGGAAUUGCCAGCGUUGCAGCAGGUGAACAUGCGAGGAAACGCCCUGAUACAGGUUGUUCCGUACGAGUUCAGCAGCGAACACGUGGACAUCUUCCUUCAUGGUAAUCCGUGGAAUUGCACCAACGAUAUGAUUUGGUUGCUGGAAGAACAGAGCGGCUUCUUCGCUGACAAAUCGACUCUGGUUUGCAAGGAUUGGAAGUACACUGGGCGACCCGUACUGACAGCCAUGGAGUACAAGCGAAAUUUACGGGAACAUUGUAAGGAUGAGGAGAUUCGGAACUGCACCUGUAGAAUAUCGUAUCUACGGCUGUGUGAUAGCGGUCGUACCUUCCAUCCGCUGAUCACCGUCAACUGCACAGGUAAAGGAUUUUACCAACUACCAAGCUAUCUACCACCAAACACUACGGUGUUGCACAUGGCCAACAACAUGAUCUCAUCGGUGGAGCGAUUAACCACUAUCGACCACUACAAAAAGGUUCAGGACAUCUACCUGGACAACAACAGGAUAGUUUCUAUAGAUAUUCUGGAAGAUAGUGCGUGGCUGGACAACUUCCGGAUACUCAGUUUGCGUGGGAACAAGAUCAGCAGGAUACGCGUCUACAGCGUGGAGCAUGCUCUCGAGCGCAACACCCACGUGGGACAGCUCUUCCUCGGGGGCAACCCGUGGCGUUGUGGAUGCCGUUUCGCCACCCGUAUGCAGGCCUUCCUGCGGAAGCACGAAUCCGUAGUGGUGGACUCGCGCAACAUCACCUGUUACAUCGUAGACGACGAGGGCGUCAAAUCGUACCACUUCAUGAUGACACUGACCCCGAACGAUGUCUGUCGGCCAACGGUCCACAACAAGGCGGCAGUUUACGACAUCUUGAGCAUUGUGUUCGCCUCGUUAAUCCUGCUAAUCGUCACCAAGCUGGCGUAUGAUUACUACAUUUAUCGGAAGUAUGGGAAGCUACCGUGGCUGAUAAUGAAGAUGCCGUAGAGGAGCGAUGGGGGAAGGAAGGGCAAGGAUGGAAGCCAAAGGAGCCAAGAUGGGCUUGUUGUUUUGUGAUAUCGAGCAGAAAGAAGGGCUGCGAUGAUGACGCCGAGACGUCGUGUCGCGCUCGAAUAUAUACUUAAUUACAUUUGUACAUAUAUUAGAAGCUGUAAAUCAAACGGCAAAUAGACGCAGAAUCUCAUCUAUGA